GCCAAACCACAGCCAGUUCUUCCACCAUGUCUAGCGGAGAUGGUGGCGGAGGAGGGAGUGGGGUUGGCGUGAAGGGAGUGUUCAUAGGAGCAGGCUGCAACAGAAUCGUCAACAACGUCUCGUGGGGUGCUUGUGAUUUGGUUGCUUUCGGUGCCCAAAACGCCGUCGCUAUCUUUAAUCCGAAGACAGCUCAAAUUUGGACUACUCUUCCGGGUCACAAGGCUGCUGUGAAUUGCACCCAUUGGCUCCCAAGUAACAAGUUUGCAUAUAGAGCUAAACACUUGGACCGGCAUUAUUUGCUCUCUGGAGAUGCUUCUGGUGCAAUUAUUUUGUGGGAGUUCUCUGUUCUUGAAGGAAAGUGGGGGUAUGUGCAACAGCUACCUCAGUUGCACAAGAAGGGUGUCACAUGCAUUACUGGAAUUAUGGUUUCUCAAACUGAGGCAAUCUUUGCCUCUACGUCUUCCGAUAGUACCGUUUAUAUAUGGGAGGUUGUUUUUCCAUCAUCUAGUGGAGGUGACUGUGAACUGUUGCAUCUGGAUUCUCUCUCCGUUGGUACAAAACCCAUGGUAGCGCUUUCGUUAUCAGAGUUGCCUGGAAGUACUGGGCACUUAAUCCUGGCAAUGGGAGGACUAGAUAACAAAAUUCACCUUUACAGCGGGGAGAGGAGAGGAAAGUUUGUUAAAGGGUGCGAGUUGAAAGGGCAUACAGAUUGGAUCAGAAGUCUGGAUUUCGCAUUACCUACGUGCACCAAUGGUGAGGCAAGCAAUGUUCUACUUGUUAGUUCAUCUCAAGACAGAGGCAUACGCAUUUGGAAGAUGGCUUUAAAGGGGUCUUUGGACAGCAACCAGAGUGCUUACCGGAAAGAAAAAGUGAGCUUAGCAUCUUAUAUCGAAGGCCCUGUACUUAUAGCCGGCACAACAUCAUAUCAGGUAUCGUUGGAAUCUCUUCUAAUUGGACAUGAAGAUUGGGUGUAUUCAGUGGAGUGGCAACCCCCAUCAAAUGCAUCUUCCGAAGGGAUUGCCUACUGUCAACCCCAAAGCAUCUUAUCUGCAUCUAUGGACAAGACAAUGAUGAUUUGGAAACCUGAAAAGACAUCCGGUAUCUGGAUGAAUGUUGUUACUGUUGGAGAAUUAAGUCAUUGUGCUCUAGGGUUUUAUGGCGGCCACUGGAGCCCUAAUGGAGAUUCAAUAUUAGUACAUGGAUAUGGUGGAUCUUUCCAUCUUUGGAAAAAUGUCGGCACUGACUAUGAAAAUUGGCAACCACAAAAGGUUCCAUCUGGCCAUUUUGCAGCAAUAACAGAUAUUGCAUGGGGAAGGUCUGGUCAAUACUUGCUCUCAGUCAGUCAUGAUCAGACAACUCGAAUUUUUGCUCCUUGGCAAAAUGAGGCGUCUCCUAGGGAUGAGGAGUCUUGGCAUGAAAUUGCACGCCCUCAAGUUCAUGGUCAUGAUAUUAGCUGUGUGGCCAUCAUCCAAGGAAAAGGGAACCAUCGAUUUGUCAGCGGAGCUGAUGAGAAAGUUGCCAGAGUGUUUGAAGCUCCUUUGUCUUUCUUGAAGACAUUGGGUCAUGCCAUUUCACAAACGUCUAACUUUGCAGAUGAUCUCCAAGUUGGUGUUCAGAUUUUGGGUGCAAAUAUGUCUGCUCUUGGGCUAUCACAGAAACCUAUUUAUGUUCACGCUGAGCAGCAUACCCCAGACAAGAAUGUGAAAGAUGGCCUCGACACACUUGAAACCAUUCCUGAUGCAGUUCCAGUUGUGUUGACUGAACCUCCCAUUGAAGAUCAACUGGCAUGGCAUACACUAUGGCCAGAGUCGCACAAACUUUACGGUCAUGGGAAUGAACUGUUUGCUCUGUGCAGUGAUCAUGACGGGAAGCUUGUUGCUUCUUCAUGUAAGGCCCAAUCAGCAGCGGUAGCAGAAAUAUGGCUAUGGCAAAUUGGUUCAUGGAAAGCAGUUGGUCGCUUGCAGAGUCAUACUUUGACAGUGACACAAAUGGAAUUCUCUCAUGAUGACAAAUUCCUGUUGGCGGUAUCAAGGGAUCGCCAGUUCUCCGUAUUUUCAAUCGAUAAAGCAGGCACCGAUGAAAUUAGUUACCAGCUCGUAGCGAAGCAGGAGGCACACAAAAGAAUCAUAUGGGCAUGCUCUUGGAAUCCACACGGCUACGAAUUUGCCACAGGCUCGAGGGACAAGACAGUGAAGAUCUGGACAGUGGAAAAUGAAUCUUUGGUGAAGCUGCUCACGACUCUUCCCCAGUUCAGUAGCAGCGUCAUGGCCCUAUCUUGGAUCGGUCUUGAUCGCAAGAGCAACGAUGGGCUCCUUGCAGUUGGAAUGGAAAACGGACUCAUUGAAUUGUGGAAUCUCUCCGUUAAAAGAUCUGAUGCUGGAGUAGCAGGCGCAGUUGCUUCCCUUGUCGUACGGCUUGAUCCGUUGAUGUGCCAUGUCUCUGCUGUAAACCGUUUGGCAUGGAGAAACUGCAAGAAUGAAGAUUCCGGUAGCUUUCAGCUCGCUUCUUGCGGGGCAGAUCAAUGUGUGAGAGUCUUCGAGGUUAACAUUAACUGACCGUAUUUAUCGUUUUUUGUAGAUGUAAAAUAAUUCUUGUAAGGGCCAAUAUUAAUUUACCAAUUCUAAUGUAAGAGCGAGAAAUGUUAUUUAGACACGCAACUUUGUUGAAGCACUAUUUAAUACAGGUGGGUUAGUGAUA